GGAGUUCUCGCGCUGGGUGCUCCAGUAUUGUAAACCAUAGAAAAAAAAAUGAAUUUCUAUGUUGUAAACAACAUGGCGCAUCACGGACUAAGCAACUUCGGUCUGGUAUUAUCUUGAAAACAUCGGCAGCGAAAACGGCGCAUCAUCCACAGAUAACAACCGUUUUGUUAAACUGACUCGUGACAACAUAAUUGACAACAACAUUGACUUCCCUGGCAGGCUCUCGGUCUAUGGGCUCUCAGUCUAGUUCUGGGAUGUCCGGCGGUCGGGGCUCCAGCGGCAACCCUGACCAGUCUGAAGCGGAAUCCAACCAGAGCAGCAGCAGCAAUAACAGUAACAGCAGUAGAGGUCGCCGAUCAGCUGAGGGACAGCAGGGUGACAGGCAGUCAACAGCAGAGGAGGACGUCGAUUUAGCUCAAGUGCUGGCUUACUUAUUGAGGAGGGGCCAGGUGAGGCUGGUCCAUGGGAGUGGAGCAACAGGCCUGCAGCUCGUCCAGUCGUAUUCGGACUCUGACGAGGACAGCGAUGGGGCCUGGGAGGGGCGCCUAGGAGACCGUUACAACCCUCCCGUGGACUCCCAGCCAGACACUCAGGAGUUGGACCGGAGUGAAAUCCGGACUCAGAUCCUCCUGACCACAGCCUCAUCUGACCUGAAAGGGAGGCAAAGCUUCACCCACAUGCUGACAGAGAGGGAACAAGGCCGGUGUCGAGGCUCCAGUUUUUCUCACGGAGAGUGCAGUCGCAUUCGCUCACAUUUCCUGCCCAAUCAUGUGGCACACAAGGACACAUACCAGCAGAAAGCAUUCUGUGGUGUGUACAGUGACGAUGGCAACAUGUUCCUCUCUGCCUGCCAAGACCAGAACAUCCGUUUGUAUGACACAAGUAGGGGGCGCUUUAAUCUGAAGCAGACUGUGAAGGCCAGGGACGUGGGCUGGAGCGUUCUGGACGUAUGCUUCACCCCCGACUCCCACAACGUGCUCUACUCCAGCUGGUCUGAUUACAUUCAUGUCUGCAGUGUAGAUGGAGACAGUGAAACCCACACCGCCCUGGACCUCAACCCAGACGAGAGGAGGUUCUGUGUCUUCUCUCUGGCUGCCUCCACAGACGGAAAAGAGAUCCUUGGAGGAGCAAACGAUGGCUGCCUCUACGUCUUUGAUCGUGAACAGAAUAAGAGAACCCUUAAGAUUGAUGCUCACGAGGACGACGUGAACGCGGUGGCGUUUGCUGACAGCUCGUCUCAGCUGCUGUUCUCGGGCAGCGACGACGCGCUCUGCAAGGUGUGGGACAGGCGGACGCUGCGGGAGGACAGACCCCAGCCCGUGGGCCAGCUGUCUGGACACAGAGACGGCAUCACCUUCAUACACAGCAAGGGCGAUGCACGUUAUCUGAUCAGUAACUCUAAGGACCAGUCCAUCAAGCUGUGGGAUGUGAGGAAGUUCUCCCCCAAGGAGGGCUUGGCGGCCUCGCGGCUGGCCGUUACCCAGCAGAACUGGGACUACCGCUGGCAGCAGGUGCCCCAGAGAGCCCUGAAGAGACACAAGCUGACCGGCGAUACCUCGGUGAUGACCUACAGGGGUCACGGUGUUCUGCACACGCUCAUACGCUGUCGUUUCUCGCCGGAGUUCACCACCGGACAGAGGUUCAUCUACACCGGCUGCUCCACUGGGAAGAUCAUCGUCUAUGACGUGCUGACGGGCAGCGUGGUGACCAGACUCUCUGACCAUGAUGCGUGUGUGAGGGACGUCAGCUGGCAUCCCUACCAGGACAACAUCAUCAGCAGCUCGUGGGACGGAGCAGUGCGUGUUUGGGAGCACAGGCAGACCCACCCGCUGGAUGAGGAGAGGGACAGGGACUGAAAAAAGGACGGGAAGUGAUGAUGUCAUAGGUGUGGGACAGCCUGACUGUGUCAGUCAGUGACAUCACUCUCAGGAGAGGUGGAACCACAACAGAGGGAGAGAGGGAAAGAACAAGCUCACAGAGCAAACCGUGAAAUCUCAUUGAUUCAAUGCUGGAAAACAAUAAUUAUAGUGUGAUUGUGAAGUGUUAAUCUCCCAAUUCUACCUUCUUACUUCUCUGUGUUCGUGCAGAAGCCAUUAUUACCCCCCCUUUAUUCGCCAAUCUGCAGAGAACGGCAAAGUUUUAGCGAGACAGUUGAGGCAUUGUCUUCUGACAGGUGGCGUUACUCCUACAGAGCACUAGUCCCUCCACCGACAGUGCAGACAGAACCACGCUAUCUGACUUUAAGACAAUGACAGUUAAGGAGAGUUGAUGUCUCUUCUCAUGCACCUAAGUAUAGGCUAAAGAAGGCUAAAGCCUUUUCUAAGUUGAGCUGGAGUCUUUUAUGCAGGACCUAUUAAAGCUCAACGCUAACUAAACGCUUGCUCUGAGAGCCCCCAUCAAGCCUCUUAACCACAGUAUGUUUUUGUUGCUUUGAGUAAAAAGCAUCACCCAAAUAAUGUAUGCUGUAUGUAGAAGAAAACAAUGUUAUAAAUUACAGGCGAAUUGUGAACGGCCACAAAGACUUAUGAUGAUAAUUCUGUAUAAGAUAUAAUACUUUAAUGGUAUUAAUGUCACGGGGUAAGAAUAACUUAUUUUGUAGUCCAAUGUAAACAAUUCCAAUUCAAAUAUUUGAAUUUGUGAAUAAUGUGUGUUGGGGUUUAAGACGGGGUGUGGUUUGGGGGAGGGUGUGUGUGUACGCGUGUGGAUACCCACUGGACAAAAACUGGUUUCCAUGUAAUAAAAAAUAAAACAAUUUAUGUGAUGUUGAAUCAACAUGGAAAACUGAUUUGGAUUUACAAAAAGUCAUCAACGUAAGGGAAUUUCAUGUUUUUUUCACAACUUUUAACCUAAAUCCAAUGAUGAAAUGCUUUGUUGAUUUCACGUUAGCUGACGACUCAACCAAAUGUAAAUCAAAACUAGACAUUAAAAUGACGUCUGCCCAGUGGGUACACACAUAUUAAUGUGUGUGUGUUUAUAUCGAUGUUCGUGUUCCAAUCUCUAAAUUGUUUUACAAUAUCAAUAAAACAUUUAUUUGAAUGUA